UUUUAAUAUUAAAAUAAUUUCAUUUAUUUUAUUUAGAAAACAUCGUCUGCUGUAAAUAUUAGUCGUCUGCUAUACUGCCCCGUCAGCUUUAUAAAUCGUCUGCUAUAUUUUGUUGAUACACAAUCUACCUGGUUACGCUCGAUAGUUUUUUUCUUACUCGAGCAUAACGUGUACCCGGUAUGGUAUAUAUAAGGCAAAACCCGUGCAGAAACUCACUCUUUACACGUCUGCAGUACAGAUUGACUGGUUUAAAACAUUUAUCUGCUAUCUACAUUGCCAAAUUAUGCCACGUGGCCGCGGAUGCGUACGUCCACAAAGACUGUCGCGGAGCAACACCGCCAGGCAGCCCGAGCCAGCAAGUAGCGCAACAAGGAGCCAACAACCUUCAAACAGAGGGAGGAAACGAACGGCAGAGGUCCCGUUGGAAGAUUUUGUUGACGAGAGGGUGUCGCAAACGAACGCUGACAUCUGGGUCAUCGGGGACUCGAUCCCGUACUGGGCAGGCAAUCAUGCAAUACAAACUGGGAAGAAAAAUUUGAGACUACCAGGACAAACAAUUGCAUGGCUAGGGGUUCGAGGUCUGCGAUGGUCCACACUUCGACGGGAAAUUGAAGCUAAGGUUCUCCUAUCACCUGCUCCAUCGUUAAUACUUAUUCAUUUAGGUGGUAAUGAUUUAGUUCACUCUCAUGCCUAUGAUAUUAAAGGGACAAUACAGGAUGAAGUAUCUUACCUUCACGACGCAUUUCCGUCCGCUUGCAUUAUUUGGAUUGAUAUUUUACCCAGAAGAGUGUGGGGGAAAUUUGAUAACAAGUCUAUGAAUCUUAAACGUAAAAGAGUAAAUCGUUUAGGUCGACACAUAGUUAGUUCCUUAAGUAAGUUUGAUAUUGUCAAACCAGAUAUUGACAUUGAAACGGCGUUUUAUCGUGAGGACGGUGUCCAUUUAAAUUUAGUUGGUCUAGAGUUCUAUCUUGACUAUUUAAGAGAUGCUAUGCUAAAAAAUCUAUAAUGGAAUUUUUGGGUGAUAAAUUCGUUGAAUUUAUUGUGGCGGAAAAAUUCUGUCGAUUGAGGGGUAGGCAGGCCUCGCAAUUUAAUGUAUUCGCAAUUCAUGUUUUUCGAAUAUUUUAGCUGGUUAGGGUCACCUUGUUUUUGGGCUGGUCUAAUCGCCUAAAGAUAGGAACCUUGACCUUGUAGGUUAAAUUUUAAAUGCUCACACGGUACUUUCUAAUUAUUAUACGGUCUAACAGUAAUUGUGUUGACUCGUUAAUAGGUUUUGCCCUUAGUACUCGGCAAUUCCUAACUAGCCUUGCUUUAUUGCCUUGCAUUGCCUUGCCUUGCAUUGUACAGCCUUUGCUGUUGCUGUUUAACAUUAACUCGGAUUGUGGAACCAUUCAUCUCUUGGUCUAAUCAUUGGUGAGUGGUUUUAUUGUUCGUCGUUAAUGGUACCGAUGCUUGCGGUAGUAUGUUACCAGUGGUAUAUACAUGUAGGUUGCCGUUAAUAUUAGAAGUACAAAAACAAUAGAAAUGUUAAAAAUGAAGUCAAUUACGCAAUUUUUAUUUGUGUACAGUUGCGUACAGUUUUGUCGAGUUGUGUACAGUUGUGUACAGUUUGUAGAAAAUACUGCCUCCCUUCGGUCGUCGGAAUUUUUUCUCACAAGACUCGACAUGGUCAAAUCUGUCUUGUCUCGAGCGGCCAAAUUAUCCAACCAAUAGUUUUUCGUAUAAUUCAAAAGUUUUUCAUCUGUGUAUAUGUGAUUAAGUUUCUUUUCACGUAAACUUAUUAAAAGAAAUAUUAGUAAUUUGAUAUUGUGUUUGUGUUUCAUUUUCGAAUAUUUAAAUAAUACAAAUUAUUUUAAUAUUAAAAUAAUUUCAUUUAUUUUAUUUAGAAAACAUCGUCUGCUGUAAAUAUUAGUCGUCUGCUAUACUGCCCCGUCAGCUUUAUAAAUCGUCUGCUAUAUUUUGUUGAUACACAAUUUACCUGGUUACGCUCGAUAGUUUUUUCUUACUCGAGCAUAACGUGUACCCGGUAUGGUAUAUAUAAGGCAAAACCCGUGCAGAAACUCACUCUUUACACGUCUGCAGUACAGAUUGACUGGUUUAAAACAUUUACCCGCCCGCCACACCCCAUUUGCUUAAUUAUAAAUAACUGUCAUUUUAUGAGUUAUCAUAUCGAUCAUAAAGGUGACGUCACAGUUUAACAUAUUUUGGUAAACUGUAUAUAAGCGUGUGUUUGUCAUUGUUUAUUUUGAUGUAGAUACUGCUGUGACUUUUUAUACUUUGCAGGCUGUUGUUAUAGACAUGUUUUUGUGGACUUCCAAGGAAAAUAAUUAUGGGAGAAUAUGCCACUACAUCUCAGACUAUGGAGCCGCAAAUACACACAAGGAUAUUAUUGACGUGUGAAGUUAGUUAAAAUAAUAAUGUGUUAAAUAUGGUUAAAAUAAAACGUGCCAGAUAUGUGUUAAUGAUAACUGUAAAUUCAGAAGUGCAGGACUUGUAGCGCGGUGUUAGUGGUAUAAACUGUUAUGCUAUAAUUGUUGCUAAGUCUUCAUGUCAGAGAUUUUGAUGAACAUUGUUGACAUUUUAAACUGAAAUAACAUUCUCCAUAUUAUAUUUUCCUUGGACGCAUAUAGUAAUGCGAUUGUAAUUGUUGAUGAGUUUAAUCACUGUUUGGCCACAUUUGGCCAUUGACUCAAUUUAUUCUUUGUCGCUCUAAAGCGGAAAAAUUCUGUCGAUUGAGGGGUAGGCAGGCCUCGCAAUUUAAUGUAUUCGCAAUUCAUGUUUUUUCGAAUAUUUUAGCUGGUUAGGGUCACCUUGUUUUUGGGCUGGUCUAAUCGCCUAAAGAUAGGAAUCUUGACCUUGUAGGUUUAAUUUUAAAUGCUCACACGGUACUUUCUAAUUAUUAUACGGUCUAACAGUAAUUGUGUUGACUCGUUAAUAGGUUUUGCCCUUAGUACUCGGCAAUUCCUAACUAGCCUUGCUUUAUUGCUUUGCAUUGCCUUGCCUUGCAUUGUACAGCCUUUGCUGUUGCUGUUUAACAUUAACUCGAAUUGUGGAACCAUUCAUCUCUUGGUCUAAUCAUUGGUGAGUGGUUUUAUUGUUCGUCGUUAAUGGUACCGAUGCUUGCGGUAGUAUGUUACCAGUGGUAUAUACAUGUAGGUUGCCGUUAAUAUUAGAAGUACAAAAACAAUAGAAAUGUUAAAAAUGAAGUCAAUUACGCAAUUUUUAUUUGUGUACAGUUGCGUACAGUUUUGUCGAGUUGUGUACAGUUGUGUACAGUUUGUAGAAAAUACUGCCUCCCUUCGGUCGUCGGAAUUUUUUCUCACAAGACUCGACAUGGUCAAAUCUGUCUUGUCUCGAGCGGCCAAAUUAUCCAACCAAUAGUUUUUCGUAUAAUUCAAAAGUUUUUCAUCUGUGUAUAUGUGAUUAAGUUUCUUUUCACGUAAACUUAUUAAAAGAAAUAUUAGUAAUUUGAUAUUGUGUUUGUGUUUCAUUUUCGA